CAAUAAUACUAUAGACGCUGUGGGCGUGUGGUCUCUGUGGGGUUGUCUUGUCUUGUUGUUAAUUAAUAUGCAACUAUAUUUUUGGCCAAUUCUGCCGUAAAGCAUUGAUACGGCUUGCGUUGUUCAGACAUGGCCAGAUAUACUGUGUCGCACUGACUCGCACAUAUUGGCGCGUGCUACUAACACCAACUCGUAGCCGCGUGGGUGGAGCGCCCAACAGCUGAGCAUCCAUGUCGUCACUGGCGCGGCUCAUCGGGCGACAACUGCAAAGAAACGCGCACGCAACCGGCACACAAGCCAAGCCAGCGCAACAACCUGCACGAAGCCGAUCAACUGCUGCAUUUCAAUGCGUGUGUAAAGAGUGGCGGUAUUUUGUUGCCUCGCUCAGCUCCAGGCAGCGCUUGUCCCGGCCAAGUCCGCAUCCCCCCGGAUCGCCCGGUAUAUCAAAAUACCGCUUCAUUGAUAUCCGCCAUCGUGACGCUCGCCGCAAAGAGACUGCCCUAUCGUAUUCGGCACCAUGCAUCAUUUAGCCAAAGACACAUUGGAUGCAUACCGCGCCGCAUUUGCGCAGGAGGUCGCGGCUGGACUGCGCCGCCCAUACAGUAUCCCGUACGUGCUGGUGCCCAUGUUUGGCAUCACGACGCUAUGGCUUGCGAUCCCACAUACCAAGCGCCCGUGGGUAUACCAUACACGAUGGCUUGUUACAGCAUUGGUAGUCAUAUUGAACCUGGAGCAUACAUUUCGAGUGUCUAGCCCCAAUAUCGCCGCGUCGUAUGCUUCAGGCACAGCGGCUACAUGGGGAUCUAUGACCUGCUUGAAUCUACUGAUUUGGACAAGACCUCAAUUUGAAGCGGCAAGAGUUGUGUCUAUAAAACGAAAAGCGAGGGCGAGUGGAAAUUCUGAAGCCACGAAUGGAAAUGGCACUGCUGCUCGACGCCGUCGUGUCAAUGGCAACGGCCAGACGAAUGGACACGGCCAUCACGACAAUAAAGAAGAGCUUGUUCAUGUUUGGCAAAAGUUUCCUGAGAAUGAAUCAUUUCUUAACCGGCUUGGAUGGUCUUGGGACCUGGUAUCGAGUUUUCGCGGCGCAGGCUGGAACUGGUCCUCCUCGGCUAUCCCUCGACCAGCAGACAUCCUCGAAACCAUUGUAGAUGGAUCAAUCGUCGAUGUAUCUACUAUUCCUCUAGUCACGGCAUCUGGCUAUGUGCGCUGCGCAACUAAACGCGAUUUUGUCUGGAGCAGAGCCCGCACAUUGCUAAUGUCGUAUCUCCUGCUCGACUUUCUCACCAGCUUCAUGAUCAACGACCCAUACGCUAUUCUCGGUCCUGAUCAACCGCACCAUCUAUAUCCGCUGCCAUGGUAUCUUGCAUCGCUACCAGCACCUGCGCUGCUCCUCUACCGCGAAAUCUUCUCCAUGGUAGCCAUCCUCGCCACAGUUGAUGGCGUGUUUGCCGCGGCAGAUCUCGUCCAGUAUUUUGUCAUCAAGAGGUUCUUCCCAUUGAGGGACAACACGUGGAUGUACGCCUCUACAUAUGGGUCCUUCUCGCAGGUCCUUGAUCGUGGCCUCGCAGGCAUGUGGGGAGCCUGGUGGCAUCAGACAUUCCGGAUUCAGUUUCUUGCGCCAGCGACCUGGAUGAUCCGUCACGGCUAUCUUCAGAAAGGCACACUCUUUACUGCCAUCCUUUCCAUGUUUAUCAGCUUUACACAGUCAGGCCUGAUGCACAUGUCAGGCAGUGUGUCUUCUAUGCCGCAGACAAAGCCGUGGCGGCCACUGCUCUUCUUCCUUUGUCAGGGCGUAGGCAUUUGCAUUCAGCAGGUUAUCCUGGCCAUCUUGAAGCCUGUGUCGAAAGCAGCCCCGAGGGCCAUCUGCCGGGCAAGCAAUUUCUUGUUCGUGCUUGGGUGGUUGUUCUUGACGGCGCCGCUGUUUGUUGAUGACUUGGCUGCGCUAGGCCUGUGGCUCCUGGAGCCCGUCCCUGUAUCGCUGUUCCGUGGACUUGGCAUGGGCGAGCCUGGUGCUGGGUGGUUGCGAUGGGACAGAUAUUAUGUGGCACAACCGCAUCUUGAUAAAAAUUGGUUUUUGAGCGGGCUUGUCAUUUAGU